ACACGUUGCGUGAGAAGCCAACUGCCCAGACGACGAGCGCCAAGAAAAUGACUUUGGGGCUCGGAGAAACGGUGCUUCCAACUUGUGCAUACGCCCCGCAUCCUCGGCGAUUGUUUCUGCUUCGAUAAACUCUCGGCUGAGAAACAAACACGAUCGAGAAUGGACGUUGUCGACACUAUCAAGGAGUUGAGCUCCCGUCUUCUCGCUGACAUCUUGGAACUUGACGUUGAUGAAGGGAACAAGAUGAGGCAGCCAUUAGAGGGUCAGCUGUACAAGUAUACAAACGUUGUGAAGGGAUGGCAGUACAGGUGGUUUGUCCUGAACCCGGACAUAGGAAUGUUGGAAUACUACAUGUUAGAUGAAGUAAAGAAGGGCAAGCCCCGCGGAGCGGUUCAUCUUGCGGGGGCCGUCAUUUCGCCAAGCGACGAGGAUGGCCAGAUGUUCACCGUCAGCGCGGCCUGCGGGGAAGUGUAUAAAUUAAGAGUGGUGUCCUGCGGACGUUCCCGUUUUCCAGGCCAAGACGCCAAGGAGAGGCAGUUCUGGAUCAACAGGCUACGCAAGGUCGCCGAAGACCACACGAAAACAAUAGCUCAGAAAAACCCUCCACUACUGCCACGAGAAAUCCGUGGUCCCCACGAAGGCGUGGUACCUCAGGACAAGGGAAGCGGGUCCGGUCAGGGUGCCAGCUCGCAGACGGUGUGGUACACGACCGGUAUGGGCGGUCACACGGAAGCGAGCGCGACGCCUGCCGAGGCCUUCUCCUCGGUUCGGGAGAUACUCGCGCGUGCUGGGAAGCUUUAUUACAACCUGGCUCAGUCCAUUGAGAGCCUCCCGAGCCACGGGCCCGGUUUUAAGUAUUACGACAAGGACAUGCUGUUGCUAAAAGCAACGUCAUGUGCCACAGUUAUGUGCCUGGAGCAGUGCCUCAGCAUCCUUCAAGAAAGCAAGGCAAACUUCAAUCCUGCCGGCUUACCUUCCAACUCCACAGUCGAAUGGUUGGAGCCAUCGCAUUGCAGCGACAGUGCACCGGACGGAAGUGGCAGCGAACAGGGCUCUUGUAAGCUGGGCCACACAGCAACCGCUUCGGGCAGCUGCUUGUCUGGCCCAGUAGGGGACACCAACAACUCUGGCGAGGUACCUGAUGAAGACGAGAGCGGUGACGAAGACACCUCAAUACCGACGGAAGAGAACAAGGACGCCAUACUGCAGCUGCUGUCCAAACUCAAGCUUGGCAUGGACCUUACAAAGGUGGCACUUCCAAGCUACAUUCUUGAGCCCAGGUCACUUCUUGAAGUGUACGCCGACUUCAUGAGCUACCCUGACAUGUUUCUGAGGAUAGUGGACGGUGAAACGCCUGAGGAGAGGCUGGUCAUGGUCACAGAAUGGCUGCUGUGUUCACUCUACGCAACACGCAAGAGUCGCUCUGCCCAAAAACCAUACAACCCUGUGCUUGGCGAGAUGUUUCACUGCUCGUGGCAAGUGGCCGGGGUUGGCGACGUCGGGACCCAAGUCACCUUUGUGGCGGAGCAGGUCUCCCAUCACCCACCAGUGAGUGCCUUCUAUGUGGAGUGCCUGGAGAAGCAGAUGUGCCUUUCAGCAUCACUUGGCAUCAAAUCUAACUUUAUGGGAAAUUAUGUGGGGCUGCAGUUCUUGGGUGAAGUGGAGCUACGCCUGUUGAGCUCGGGCGAGGCGUACAGCAUAGGACUGCCCACCAUGUAUUGGCGGUCCCUGCUCAGCGAACCGUACAUCGAGCUGGGUGGGAGGAUCACAGUUGCGUGCGGCGAUGCCGUCGCACCCAUCACAUUCCACACAAAGCCGUUCUAUGGAGGCAAGCUUCACUGCGUCUCUGGCGAAGCCAAGUCCGCAACGGGUGAGAUGGUGUGCAAGGUUUCGGGCGAGUGGGACACGAGGCUGGAGCUGCAGUACGCAGACGGGCGCUCCAAGGAGUGGAAGAUCUCCGAGUUGAAGCGACAGCCGAAGCGCUGUCGACCCAUAGACGCCCAGGACAACUUUGAAUCCCGGCGUCUGUGGCAGCCCGUCACACAAGCGCUACGCUCUGGUAACACAGUGCUGGCAUCCCAUCACAAGUGCCAGAUUGAAGAGAGAUUGCAAGAACAGUCGGGAGGAAAGGGGGAUCCUGAGCAAGGAGAGAUGGCACAGCAUACACAUGAUGCCAAGCUUUUCCGACUUGAAGGAAACGUAUGGAAGUACAAGUACCCAUUGGGAAAGCCAAGCUAGUCUUCACAGAACCUGUGGAUGAGAGAGAAUCACGGUGCACCCCCACACAGGUGCUAAAGCCGCAGCAGUGUGUCGUAGACAGUGACGACACCACAAGAUGCUUUCUUGUAGGCAAACAUCCAGACCUCCCCUGCACAGAGCAGCAGUGCUAUCCCUUCGCAAGGAUCAAGCCUGGCUACCAACUUGCGGAGUGCACUUACCGUUGUACUGCUCACUUUUCAGUCGUUCCGGCUGCUUGUGUGACCGGCAGAGACGAUGACAUCCAUUUCUUCGUGUUAGAAAAAAAAACAAGUGACGCUCUCUUCCCUUUUGGACUGCGUGAUCACUGCGGGUAUGUUGUACAGUAAUAACAGAGGAAGAUGCAAGUGUUGUAAUAUGACUAUGUAUUUUGGAAAUGAAAAUUUUUAUUAAGAAAAUAAAUAAAUAAAAGAAUUUUUCA